UCGUCGCUCUUCCAUCUUGCCUUAAACUCAAAAAGACCUUUAAUCAUUAGCCGUUUCUGGAAGGAAAAUUCAAGAAACACGAUUCAGUAACGCUACGUUUGGUGGCAGCACCAUUUACCAUGGCAAAGGACUUUGAAAAAAAAACCCUGAAAAACCGAUGAGGAUCUAGCCUUAUGGGAAAAUUCUAGUACGUGAACAUACCAUCCCCUCUUCUACCAUGCUUGGAUGGAGCUUUUAUUGCGCCAUUUCUAGAAAUAGAUCCCGCUGUGCUGCAGACGAAAAGAACAGCUCACGCUAUCAGACAUGUUGACGUUCCAAAGUUAUUUUCAUCAAGAGUCUGUCUGGUAUUGAGCCUUCUCGUUGUGUUUGCUACGCUUCGCUGCUGCGUGCUGGUUGUGUAACUGAGUCACUUGACUCUUUCGUUUAAUUUUUUUUUCACGUUUAGGCUACUCUUUCAGAAACAACCGAUCAAUCGAGGUUCACAAUUCCUUUUACAGACGAUUGGAACUGCUGAGACUUUUUCUACAUGUGUCACUGUCAUCUGUCUGGAGACCUUGAAAUACUUUGACUAGAAACUGUUUUUUAAUACGGUUAAAAUAUCCAAUGAAAUGUCGAACAGUGACAUAAGUAGACAAACGUUCGAAAUGCUCGCUCUUGGGCGACAUUUCGAUUUGGGUACCGUUUACGAUGCAAUCAAGGAUGAAACUAUUCCCGGCUAUACUUUCUGGAAUGGAAGUGAUCUGAAAAACGUCCAGUCCACCAGGAACGACUACACAGAUUUUUCGAUUAUUGCAUCAGACAAACUCACCGACAAAUUCCAAGAACUGAAAGUCAACGGGUCACUACAAGUCAGCAUCUUAAGUGGCAUGAUUAAGCUCAGCGGAUCGGCAAAUUAUCUCGACAAGACGAAAAGUACCAGUCGCCAAUCGAGUGUUCAUGUGAAGUUGAAGUGUCGCACCGCAGCCAAGAAAUUACUAAUGGAACAUUUGGAUGAGAGUAAUUUGCGUUACCCACAGAUUCAAAGAAGCGGUAGAAUCGGCUCCGCAACUCACAUCGUUACACAAAUCCAGUACGGUGCUGAAGCUACGUUCACGUUCACCAAAAAACUAAGCGAAACAGAAAACGAACAAGAAGUCAACGGAAAGCUGAAAUUAGAUGUCGAUAAAUUUACCAAAUUUCUUAAAGGGAACGCAAAUGUUGGAGGUAGUUGGGCCGACACAAAUCGAGAGAACGAGGAUAGCAUCGAAUGUCAUUUUCAAGGCGAUUUCGAACUGCCCAGUAACGUGGAUCGUCCAACAACGUACAAUGAAGCCAUCGAGUUCGCCAAAAAGUUCUUAAAAUUUUCAUCCGAUUGGAUGGCAAAAGACGAUGCGGAUGUAAGCAAGUCGCUUGGCGUGCCCAUUAAAGUUUGGCUCUACCCGUUGGUGUUGAUGCAAGAUGCCCAAGGAGCUCCGGCUCUUCGAUACGAAAUUAGCGUUACGCUGGCGUCUCAAUGCGUCCUGAUUAUGGAUAACUACGGCGAAGUGGAAGGUACACUUGUUCUGAUGCUUGAAGACCCUUUAGUAAAAAAGUUAAAUCCACUUCAAAAGAAGCUCCAACUGUUCCAGCGAUGCCUAACAUCUUUCAUUGCCGAACUGAAAAUAAAAUUGAAAGAAAUGGUCGUCGGCAUUCGCAGCGGCAAAAUCAAAGUAGAAGAUUUCAGUCAGCUGAUGAGUCGAAUCAGCAAUGAACAAUUCACGUUUAAUUCCAAUCGCCUCGAGCAAUGGCUGGAUCAAAAACACAAGGAACUUUGUAUUAUCCGAAGAUUUCAAGAUGAAGCUAAAAAUAAAUUAGGAAAUCAGCAGAGCAAAGUUCAUUUCUUCCCUUCUGCGAAAACACUGCUAACGCAAAUGACCAAAUUUCCAGUUGAUUUUGGUUUCGAAAUUUCACUCUCCUCCUUGGCUCACUCAGAACUUUUUUUGGAUCAACUCAAUCAGACGCUCGGGACGAAUUUUUUAAAUGAAAUUUCAUUACGGAAGAAUACUGUAAACUUAGAUCUUUGGUGUGAAAAUAAUUCCGUCAUUGAACGGAUCCAGAAGGAGAUAGUCAUCUUUGCCGAAGUAGUCAAUGCCAAAUUUUACGACGAGAAAUUCGCUUUUGCCAUGACGGCACUUGACGAAUACCACGAAACUUGCGCAAAUGAAUUUUCGAUCAUUGUUCACCACAAACCGAAAAGGGUUUUGGGGUGGGAUGCAGUUUUGAAUGUUUGUCAACAUUAUCCAAAAGAAAAAAUGAUAGACAUCAUACGCCUGUUAGUUGAAGAAAAAAUCCCAGAAGUAUGGGAUCCGUUUCCCCUUUUUGUUUUAUGUCAACAUUACCACAAAGAAAAUUUGAUCGACAUUGUCCCAUUGUUAAUUGAGAAAAAUAUCGACGUCAACUGCAAGGACAUUAACGGAAAUAAUGCCCUCCUUUUGUUGUGUCGAAAUUACGACAAAGAAAAUUUGAUCGACAUUGUCCGAUUGUUAAUUGAGAAAAAUAUCGACGUCAACUGCAAAAAAAACGACGGAUGGAGUGCCCUCCAUUUCGUGUGUUGGCAUUAUAAGAACGAAAAUUUGAUUGACAUUGUCCGGUUAUUAAUUGAGAAGAAUAUCGACGUCAACUGCAAACUAAACGACGGAUGGAAUGCCCUCCUUUUGGUGUGUCGAAAUUACGACAAAGAAAAUUUGAUCGACAUUGUCCGAUUGUUAAUUGAGAAAAAUAUCGACGUCAACUGCAAAAAAAACGACGGAUGGAGUGCCCUCCAUUUCGUGUGUUGGCAUUAUAAGAACGAAAAUUUGAUUGACAUUGUCCGGUUAUUAAUUGAGAAGAAUAUCGACGUCAACUGCAAACUAAACGACGGAUGGAAUGCCCUCCUUUUGGUGUGUCGAAAUUACGACAAAGAAAAUUUGAUCGACAUUGUCCGAUUGUUAAUUGAGAAAAAUAUCGACGUCAACUGCAAAAAAAACGACGGAUGGAGUGCCCUCCAUUUCGUGUGUUGGCAUUAUAAGAACGAAAAUUUGAUUGACAUUGUCCGAUCGUUAAUUGAGAAAAAUAUCGACGUCAACUGCAAACAAAACGACGGGUGGAAUGCCCUCCUUAUCUUGUGUCGACAUUACGACAAAGGAAAUUUGAUCGACAUUGUCCGAUUGUUAAUUGAGAAAAAUAUCGACGUCAACUGCAAAACCAACAACGGAUGGAAUGCUCUUCAUUUCGUGUGUUACUAUGCGCCUAAAAAACUUUUGGUUGACCUCGUUUCGAUAUUAAUUCAGCACAAAGUCGACAAAAAAGUAAAGACGACUGAUGGUUCAAUUGGGACUGCACGUUCCUUACUUUUAGAGCGUUUUAAAGAAGACGAGGUCGCAGAUGUUCUUCAAAUGUUGGAUUCAUAGGCGCAUUUUUUCUUUGAAUGCAUUUCCUUGGAGUGUUUGCCAACAGGAUGACGAUGAUUCGCUGCUUUUACUACAUUCAGAAAUAAUUUUCUUAGUUCUUUUUUCAAUGAAAUGCAAGCUUCUGAAAAAUUGGUAAAAUGUGUUCAAAAAGAUUUACUCUAACCCAAAACAUGAUUUGAAAUUUACGCCAUUUAACUUAUGCUUAAAAUGGAAUUUCACCUAAAUAUCA